UGGACGCUGCAGCGAGAGAGAGAAAGAGAGAGAGAGAGAGAGAGAGCGUUCUAAGCAAAGUGGCAGCAGGCGCGAGUGGCGGGAAAAGAAUGCUCAUCUCGUGACUAAUAACGGAUGGAUUUGGCGCGCUUUCCGUUCUUAGAGGUAAUACGAGCAGACUGUGAGUGUGGUGAUGGGUGGCAGCGGCGUGUUCCCGCGCGGGGACUGUUUUCCCUGUCAGUGCUGCUUCUGCUGCUGCUGCUGGAAAUGGCGCUGUGAUGUUCAACAAGGAAGACGCAGUUGAAGCCGAUGCCAGGGAGUAGGAGGAGAAGGAGGAGAGAAUAAAUUGUCAUUAUUAGUAGUACCUGCGCUUCCGGUGCGGAUUUUUGUGUUUCAAAAAAGCGGUGAACAGUACCAUGGUGAAUUACCAGAAAUACAUUACUGUUAUGCAGCUGGCUCUAGGGGUGACUGCCUACAACAGAGACCGUAGCCUGCCUCCCAGAAAACAUAUGUGGGUCUUCCCCAAACACGACAAAGACAAAUACGGCCCUGCAGUUUAUUAUCCCAAGUUCAACGCAUAUAUCCCCAACCCAGAGAAAGUCUCUGUGCUGGAUGAAUCUGAGGGAUCGGGCCACGGCAAACCAUCCCUGCGCAGAAUCAAGGGCCGAAUCCACCGCAGCAAGAGCCUGGACAGCAUCGACCUGCUGGACUCCAACAGUGCAGCAAUGGAUGAGACAGUAAUAUGGGAACAGCACACUGUAACUCUGCACAGGGCUCCAGGGUUUGGCUUCGGGAUCGCCAUCUCUGGCGGACGGGACAACCCUCACUUCCAGAGCGGGGAGACGUCCAUCGUCAUAUCAGAUGUGCUGAAGGGAGGCCCCGCCGAGGGCCUGCUGCAAGAGAAUGACAGAGUGGUGAUGGUCAACGCCGUCUCUAUGGACAAUGUGGAUCACGCUUACGCAGUGCAGCAGCUCCGCAAAAGUGGCAAGAAUGCAAAAAUAACCAUCAGGAGAAAGCGUAAGGUGCAGAUCCCGUCAGGCCGGCCGGGUGAACGCGAGACGAUGUCUGAGCACGACGAGGACGAUGACAGCUAUGAGGACGAGAUCUACGAGUCCCGGAGCGCGCGAAGUGGACCCAGCGCCUACAGCGGAGGAGGCGGCAACGGCGGAGGUGGAGGAGCCUCGGGACGGAGGAGCGGCAGGGGCGACAGGCUGAGUGGGAGGAGGGAGCGGGACAGAGAGCGCAGCGGCUCCAGAGAGAGGAGUCUGUCCCCGCGCUCUGACCGCCACUCUGUGUCCUCCAACCUCCCCCCGCGGCCAGCCAAAGUCACACUCGUCAAAUCUCGCAAGAAUGAAGCAGAAUACGGGCUUCGCCUGGCCAGCCACAUCUUCGUGAAGGACAUUUCCCCCGAGAGCCUGGCAGCCCGAGACGGAAACAUCCAGGAGGGAGACGUGGUGCUGAAGAUUAAUGGCACGGUAACAGAGAAUUUGUCCCUGAUCGAUGCUAAGAAGCUGAUCGAGAGGUCAAAGGGCAAGCUGAAGAUGGUGGUGCAAAGAGACGAGCGGGCGACGCUGCUCAACAUCCCCGAUCUGGACGACAGCAUACCUUCAGCUAAUGCCUCCGACAGAGAUGAUAUUUCAGACAUCCACUCUGUGGCCUCCGAUCAUUCCAAUCGUUCCCAUGACCGGAAGAGGAGCAGCCGCUCUCGUUCUCCAGACCGCCGCUCCGAGCCCUCAGACCACUCCAGACACUCUCCGCCACAGAUCAGCAAUGGCAGUCACAGGAGCCGAGAUGAAGACAGGAUCUCCAAGGCCGGGCCGCUUCCUCUACCUGCUAAGAUGGUGGAGGAGAUGCCGAAAGAGCAGAGCGCAGCCAGAGAAGCAGAGAAACAGCUCCCCCCUCUGCCAGAGCCCAAACCUGUGUACGCUCAGCCGGGCCAGCCGGACGUGGACCUGCCUGUUAGUCCGGCAGAUGCUCCUGUGCCCAGUGUCACACAUGAUGAUAGUAUCUUACGGCCGAGCAUGAAGCUGGUGAAGUUUAAGAAGGGCGAGAGCGUGGGCUUGAGGCUCGCUGGGGGGAACGAUGUUGGGAUAUUUGUGGCGGGAGUUCUGGAGGACAGUCCUGCUGCUAAAGAGGGCCUGGAAGAGGGAGACCAGAUUCUCAGGGUAAAUAAUGUGGAUUUCGCAAACAUCAUCCGAGAGGAGGCAGUGCUGUUUCUGCUGGAUCUGCCCAAAGGAGAGGAGGUCACCAUUCUGGCCCAGAAAAAGAAAGAUGUGUACCGCCGAAUUGUAGAGUCUGAUGUAGGAGACUCAUUCUACAUCAGGACUCAUUUUGAAUACGAGAAGGAGUCGCCCUAUGGCCUGAGCUUCAAUAAGGGGGAGGUCUUCAGAGUCGUCGACACCCUUUACAAUGGCAAACUGGGCUCCUGGCUCGCCAUCCGCAUCGGCAAGAACCACCAAGAGGUGGAGCGGGGCAUCAUCCCCAACAAGAACAGGGCUGAGCAGUUAUCGAGUGUUCAGUACACUCUCCCAAAGACUCCAGGAGGGGAUCGUGCCGACUUCUGGAGAUUCAGAGGCCUCCGCAGCUCCAAACGAAACCUGAGGAAGAGCAGAGAGGACCUGUCCGCCCAGCCAGUCCAAACCAAGUUCCCUGCUUACGAGAGAGUGGUGCUUCGAGAAGCUGGUUUCUUGAGGCCAGUGGUUAUUUUCGGACCUAUUGCGGAUGUGGCUAGAGAGAAGUUGUCCAGAGAAGAGACUGACCUCUUCGAACUUGCAAAGAGUGAACCCAGAGAUGCGGGCACAGACCAGCGCAGCUCGGGAAUCAUCCGUCUCCAUACCAUUAAACAGAUCAUUGACCGAGACAAGCAUGCUGUGCUGGACAUCACCCCUAACGCGGUGGAUCGUCUGAACUACGCUCAGUGGUACCCCAUCGUGGUGUUCCUAAAUCCAGACAGCAAGCAGGGUGUCAAGAACAUGAGGACCAGGCUCUGUCCUGAGUCCAGGAAGAGUGCCCGGAAGCUCUAUGAGCGCGCGCUCAAACUGAGGAAGAACAACCAUCACCUUUUCACCACCACUAUUAACUUGAACAACAUGAAUGACGGGUGGUACGGUGCUUUGAAAGAGAGCAUCCAGCAGCAGCAGAACCAGUUGGUCUGGGUCUCAGAGGGCAAGGCCGACGGUGCUCCUGACGAUGACCUUGACAUCCAUGAUGACCGGCUCUCCUACCUCUCGGCUCCGGGCAGCGAGUACAGCAUGUACAGCACCGACAGUCGCCACACAUCCGACUACGAGGACACCGAUACAGAGGGGGGCGCCUACACCGACCAGGAGCUGGACGAGACCAUGAACGAUGAGGUGGGCCUUCCGAGCGAGCCCGCCAUCACUCGCUCAUCUGAGCCUGUGCGAGAGGACCCGCCAGUCAUUCAGGACGCAGCUGGAUACCCCAGCUACCAGCACGCGGUCCCGCAACCUGAGCCGGUGAACCGCAUCGACCCGGCCGGGUUUAAGAUGGCAGCUCCUCAGCAGCAAGCUGAGGCUGCUCUGGCCUCGCCGCCCCCUCCCUCUGCAGCGGUCCAGCCCACCGCCACACUAGCGGGUACGAACCCCGAGGAGCCGCCUGGCACCCCUCAGGCCGACUCCCUUAACAGCCCCAUCCCUGUUCCCGACCCCCAGCCCGAACCUGAGCUCGCUCAGCCCCCAACACACGACCCCCACCAGUCGCUUCCUCCUGGCCCAGAUCCAAAGAUGUAUAAAAAAGAUCUGUACAGCAUGGAUGAGCCAGUGCGAGUGACCCACGGCGUGAAGCCUCCCCCUCCUCAGCAGCAGCAGCAGCCUUUAGGCCCCCCAACCUCGCUCUCCUACAGCCACCAGCCUGUCUACCAGGACCAACAGCCAUACCGCCAGUACGACCACCCGCCUUAUGGCUAUGACGGUGGCGGCUACGCACAACCAAAGCCUCACAACUACGACCCGCACCUGCACUACGACAACCGCGUGCCUCACUAUAAUGAGCAGUGGUCCCCGUACGACCAGCAGCAGCAGCAGACUUCUCCCCAGCCGCCACCUGUGUCCGGCUUCCCUCAGGGCCACCAGCCUCCGCCUCCACCGGCAAUGGGAUAUGAGCCACGCUCUCCAUACGAAGACGGUCCUAACAGGGAUUUCAGCCCUCCUCAGUCCCAGUAUGAUGGUGUGUCCCCGAUGGGCUACGAUCACCGCCCGCGGCACCCCAAACCCGCGCCAGUGCGAUAUGAAGAGCCCCCGCCUCCACCUCCUCCGGUGUCCUAUGACAUACGGUCACCUUUCGAACCUGAGCCACACGCUUUCCCAGGAAACACACAUCGCUCCCCGGACCCACCGAAGCAGUAUUACGGCGAUGUCGCUAUGAGGCCCUCGUAUAACCCUGGACCUCCGAACAGACCGUAUAAACAUGAGCCGGUGAACUCUGAGCCUCCCGCACCGCCUCCCAAACCUGAAUCUGUCAUGUCUCCGGGAGAACCGCCCCAUUCUGCAGCUUCCAAACCAUUGCCACCACCUCCCAGAGAUGACGACGAUGAUGAUGACGAUGAUGAUGACCCUGCCAUGAAGCCCCAGUCUGUGCUCAACAGGGUAAAAAUGUUCGAGAACAAACGCUCUGUGUCGGUAGACCGAGCCAAGGACGCACCGGACGUCACUGGAAUUAGGCCCACAGAUCUCCCCAAACCUGUGAGCACCCCUGGACCUGUGCUCAAAGCCAACUCUCUCAGCAACCUGGAGCAGGACAAACCCUCCUACAGAGCUCCAGAGCCGCAGAAACCUCAGGCGCGUGUUGGGGACGAUGUUGUUCGCUCCAACCACUAUGACCCUGAUGAUGACGAAGAGUACUACAGGAAACAGCUCUCGUUUUUCGACCGCCGCAGUUUCGACAGUAAGGCCAUGAAUCCACCCAUUACUGGAGUCAAUCGCUUCCACGAGCCGCCCAAACCGCCUCAGACGCAGAUCGCUUAUCCUUUCGCUAGGACGGAGUCUGUGGAGAAGGUGAGUCCAGUGGACAAGAGAUACGAGCCUCUGCCGCCGGUCAACUCUUCACCUGCUCCAUACGGCCAGAACACACCUGCUGCUCCGCCCACAUCCCUGCCCAAACUCACCAACAUCGAGGUGAACUCUCUGCCAGAUCCUCACAGCUCUCCCAAAGCCAAACCGGACCUGUCUGCUCUGAGAGCUCCGACCCGGGAUGAGCCCAUCCAGAGCAGCUACUUGCCCCCCAAGUCCACCAUUAAUGGCAUGGACGCUCCUCCCAAAACACUCGGCGUGCCGACCAGCUACAACCGCUACGUCCCCAAGCCUUACACCAGCUCGGCCCGACCCUUCGAGCGCAAGUUCGAGAGCCCCAAAUUCAACCAUAACCUGCUUCCCAACGACACACAGUCUAAACCCAGUGUCAACAACAACCUGAAGCCUCAGAUCUCCCCGCAGCCCCAGGACACGGACAGCGGCGUCGACACCUUCACUCGCACCAUGGACAACAGGCCCAAAUAUCAGCACAACAACAUCAACGCCAUUCCCAAAGCCAUCCCAGUCAGCCCCAGUGCGCUGGAUGAUGAUGAAGAAGAUGAAGGACACACAGUGGUGGCCACGGCGCGGGGCAUCUUUAACUGUAACGGCGGGGUGUUGAGCUCUAUAGAGACGGGCGUCAGCAUCAUUAUCCCACAGGGAGCCAUUCCUGAUAGUGUGGAGCAGGAGAUCUACUUCAAAGUGUGCCGGGACAACAGCAUCCUGCCCCCUCUGGACAAGGAGAAAGGUGAAACUCUGCUGAGUCCGCUGGUGAUGUGUGGUCCUCACGGCCUGAAGUUCCUGAAGCCUGUGGAGCUGCGCUUACCACACUGUGCGUCUAUGACCCCUGAUGGUUGGUCUUUUGCUCUAAAAUCCUCCGACUCCUCGUCGGGUGACCCCAAAUGCUGGCAAAACAAGUGUCUACCAGGAGACCCCAAUUACCUGGUGGGCGCAAACUGCGUGUCUGUGCUGAUCGACCACUUCUGAAGAGAGAAACAGCUGGUCUGUUCCUGAAGGCUCGCAUUAUCAAGUAUUAUUUCUGUGCUCUUUCUCAGAAAAACGUGGAGGAUGUGACUGGCUGCGGAGCGCUUUCCUAUUCCCUUUGGGUUUUUUCUCUCUCUUUUUUUUUUUGGUUCAGUUUUGCCUUUUUCUUUACCUUUUGGUGCUUGAAGACUUGCAAAAAAUUACUGAAUAAAUAAAUAAAUGAAUAAAUAAAUGAAGGAA